AUGGCCAGCCCCAAAUCUGCGCCGCCCAGGCGGACGCGUAUCAGCGCAGCCAAAGCCCGCACGGCCUGUGUCACCUGCAGAAAUCGGCGCGUCAAGUGCGACGAGCAGCGGCCAGAAUGUGAAAGGUGCAUCAGCAACGGUCGGAUAUGCUUUGGCUAUGCGACUCCCUCAAGCGAGGGCCUGGUUGCCUCCCCUGUGCGGUCGGCUAGCGCAACUUUCGAGCCCAUCUCACGGCAGCUCUUUGACUCUGGCGCCGCUCCCCAAGAGCGGCGAGCUCUGGACUUCUUCCUUUCACGCACGGCACCCCAGCUCUCAGGAUACUUUGAUGCGACCUUCUGGAGCCGGCUUGUGCUGCAGUUCGGGAGGUGCGAGCCCGCCAUCCAGCAUGCAGUCAUAGCCAUCAGCUCUGCUCACGAGCAGUGGGACGUAGAGGCCCGAGGCCUGGAGGUUUCGGAUGGCUCUCGCGGGCGCUUUACGCUACGGCAGUAUAACAAAGCCAUUGCUCGCCUAUCCGAGCAAGCAUCUGGCGCCCCCCAGCCGAGCCGCACGCUACUGCUGACGUGCGUCCUUUUCGUGUGUCUAGAAUUCCUCCGCGGCGACACCAACAUGGCCAUGACGCAUACGCUCAAUGGUCUCAACAUCCUUCGGGCCUGGCAGGCGGACGUCGCGAAACAGAAGCUGAAGGGUUUCUCGGACUACCAGAAAAAGGAAGAAGAGUUUGUUAACGAGAACUUGACCCCCAUCUUCUGCAGGCUGAGCGUCAUCUCGACCCUUUUGGGAAAACCAACCCCCAUCGUCCGCUCGAAACCUCCCUCGAUGGACGGCAGCGAACCGCUUCCAGGCGGCUUUUCUUUCAGCACGCUGAACGAGGCGAGAGACGCACUCAUCGACAUUCAGAAUUCGGGGCUGCGUUUCAUGUGGGCCACCAUGGAGAAGAAGUACCAGGGGACCAUUGCAAUGACCGAGAUACUUGAGCAAGUCCGCUUGGAGAUGAGGCUGGCAGAGUGGCAUCGUGCACUUGAUGAGUUCGAGGGGCAGGCUGUGCGGCGACCGAAAAGCCAGAUCACCGAACAAGCAAGGACCGCCGAAGAAGACAGCCUGAUCAUCUUGCGCCUGCUCUACUACGUCGCGCACAUAUGGCUGUCCAGCUGCCUCUCCCUAAAGGAGACGGCCUACGACGCCUUCAUCUCCGAGUUCCAGCAGAUUAACGCUCUCUCAGCCAGGCUUCUGUCGCGCCGUAGACCGAACGUGUCGUCAUCCUCAGCCUCCUACUCCACCUCGUCUUCAUCUCUCUUCGGGGCUUCCUCCGGAACUUUCUCCUUUGACACAGAGCUGGUCGGCCCUUUGUACUUCACCGCCAUCAAAUGCCGCGACCCACCCACCCGCCGCCAGACUCUUGCCCUGCUGGAGCAGUGCAACAAGCGCGAGGGCGCAAUUGACUCACGCCGUGCCAGUCAGCUCGCAACGGCCAUCAUGCAGAUCGAGGAGGCAGGCAUGCAGCUCGCAGCCCAAUGCCGCGUCACCCCAACCGACGCACCAGCGUCCCAACCAUCCCACGAUACCGGUUCGCCCUCGUCCUCGCGCCUCGAUACCGCCGCCAUGUUCUCUUCCUCCUCGCUGCCGGCAGCAGGAGAAAAUACAACCGCCCACCGCCAUCACCACCAACAACACCACCCCCACCGCUACCCCAAACCACAACAACAACAACAUCAUCACCACCACAAUCACCUACCACCAGAGCACACCCGCGUCGCCCACGUCGUCGGUCUCCCUACAACCCUAACCGGCGACGCUGCCGCCGCAGCCGCUUCCGCUUCCGCCGCCGCCGGUGGUGGUGGAGUCAUGCCGCCAUCCGUCAGCCGCCGCCCGCACGAGGCCUUCAACGCCGCCCGCCUUCCGCCCGAGGGCAACCGCGUCCUGGCCUACUACGAGCCCGUCAUGCUGCCGUCGGACCGCGCGCUGCCGCCGGGCGUGCAGGCGGCCACGGCCGCGGCGGCGCAGGGCCAGGGCGUGGGUGAUGGCGGUAGCUUGGCGUACAGGACCAUGGCGGGCGUGUUUAGGUGGGACGGUGUGUUUAGUGGUGGUGGUGGUAAUGGUGCUGCUGUUGACGGCGGUGGUCGGGGUCGUGGUGGGAUGCCGAUGGCUGUUGGUGGUGCGAGUGCUGGUGUUGGGAUGGGUGGGGGGCACGGGGCUGCUGGGGGUGGGAGUCGUGGCGGCGGCGGUGGUGGUCAUGCGCAGAGAGGACGUGGGCAGGGGCAUCAUGGACAAGGACAAGGCCAGGCGCAGGGGUACGCACCAGGGCAAGGUGAGUGGUGGCUGCAGCAAGGGCGUUAUCCUCCUCAUCAUCAUAAUCAGCAUUUUUAUGAGUAG